GCCGGAGUCAGGAUAAUUAGGAUAAGUGACCAGUGAAUUAAGCCUCUAGGUACUUACUUCAGCAUAUAAGCAAUAGCUGAGAUACGAAGGAGUAGACCUGUAUGAAAUGCAAGAGCUGAGAACUGAGUAUGUUCCGAAGGCAGUCGAGAUUGAAAUUUCUUGCUAUCAUUCCGAAUCCGUGAGAAUCGGAAAUAUGUCUUCUGUCACAUAUCACGCCCAACACGAUCGGUCACGAUUUGAUUGAGUCGUCGGUGACCAUUAAGGCUCUUCCUCCUUCGCAUUACAGUGGCACCCGCGACAAUACUCUUACCUUGUGAACUCAGGCCCGAAUUAAAUGGAUGCGGUUCCAGACGAACAUAUGCUCGCGUUCUAUCGACGACUCUACCCGUUCAAGUCAGUGUUUCACUGGCUAAACCACGGACAUACGCCGACACGUCUCUUCACGCAUCGCGAGCUCGCGUUUACGCUGAAAGGAGACGUCUACUUGCGAUAUAACUCAUUCAACACCGCGGAAGAGAUGAAGAAACAGGUUUGCACGUUGAAUCCGACGCGAUUCGAGAUUGGUCCAGUGUACAGCGCGAGGCCAAGGGAUAAGAAAACUGUCCGACCGGCCGCCUUCAAACCUACACUGCGCGAGCUUGUAUUUGAUAUAGAUAUGACUGACUAUGACAGCAUCCGGACGUGUUGUUCCGACGCGGCGAUUUGUUCAAGGUGUUGGACUUUCAUCGCCAUCGCAGUACGCGUUCUAGACAAAGCCCUUAGGUCGCAAUUUGGAUACAAGCAUCUCCUCUGGGUGUAUUCUGGACGUCGUGGUAUCCAUUUGUGGAUAAGCGACAAAGAAGUCAUGGAGUUGACCGAUGAUCAGCGAAAAGCCAUCGUUGGAUGGCUGACUGUUAUCGCUGGCGGAAAAGAGAUGAAUAAGAAAGUCAAUGUCAGGCUAGGAUCAAAACCUCUUCCUCCAUCCGUUCAGAUGGCUCUCGAGCCGCUGGCUGAAGCAUUCACUGAGCUUAUACUAGAAGAUCAGGAUUGUUUUGCUUCAAAAGAAGGAUGGGAAACUCUACUUCGACUCAUACCGGAUAAAUGCGAGUCAGUCACGGCCUCGCUGAGGAGAACGUGGGGAAAGGAUCCCGAUAGAUCGUCUUUGGAAAAAUGGGACGAUCUCAAACGUGAAGUAAAGGGGAUGGAAAAGGGCACGUUUCAGAGAGCAUUGAUGAUGGCUACGAUUGAAGACAUCAUUUUGCAAUACACGUAUCCUCGUCUUGACGCCGAGGUGUCGAAACAUCGCAAUCAUUUACUAAAGGCACCUUUCUGUAUCCAUCCUAAAACAGGACGAGUUUGCGUCCCUGUUGAUCCCAACGACAUUGACAGAUUCGACCCAGAGAAGGUGCCUACCGUUACCCAACUCCUGGGCGAACUCGAUCGUGCUGGCGAGGAUGUAAAACCGGACGAGCAUCAUUCUGAUUGGGAAAAGACAUCCUUGAAGCCGUAUAUCGAAAUGCUAGACAGACAUGCUGCAGGAUUGAUGGAGGAAGUAAGACAAAACAUUCGAAAUGGGACUGGUAUGUCCGUCUUACGCUUCCAACUCUCGAUCGAUGUUACUAACGCUUUGUUUGAACUUCAGAUAUGAGCUGGUGAUCGAUCUCUCCGCUCGAUCCUGAGAUCGUUUCGUCUUUCUGGAUAUUUUAUGUAUCUUACUGCUGUACCAUUAUAUUUGUAGCUCUACCCGUCUGCCGUUCGUCUUCCAAGCUGUGAACCAAAGAAGU